GAGAUAGGAAAAUGUGGAGUGAUAUAUGCACAUACUGGAAGUGACGACACCACAUUUUGAAACUCCGUGGACUCCGUCGUCGCGCAGACAUGACGUCACCUCCAGCUGGCUGAGCGGGAAACUUGAGGAGGAAGGUGGUAUGAAAUGGGAAAGAAGUGAUGGCUUGCCAAGAGUUUACUGUUUUAUAUACGCAUCAGAAGACUAAAAAAUCCAAAGUAUGGCACGAUGGAACUUUGAAGGCAACUGUUGGGGGAAAUAAGGCAAUCUUAUGUGAUGAAAGAGGACAGGUUUUGGAUAGUAUUUUUGUGAAAUUCAAGGUAAAACCUGGAGAUGACUUAGAAUGUGAUAGAUACUUGAUUACAGUUGAAUCUGAAAAAGUUUCUGAAACUGGUUAUAGUGAACAGCCGAAGAACACAGAAGGACCAAAGUUAAGAAAUAAUUUGAAGUCCUUUGGCUCUUCAACCAUACAUCUUCCAGUUGGCUUAAAGCGAAAAUAUGUGGAUUUCAAGGGUCCACGCCAGUUGGAAAAGAAAGCAGCAAUAGAAGAAACUGUUGCAGCAGUAUCACCUACAACCAAUGGACCCCGCUCAUCCUUUCCAUCUGAAUUCUAUGGCUCUUCCCCAUUAUUUUCUGUUCCUUGCAAGAAAAAGAAAGAAUGUCACCUCAUUCCAUCAAAUGAGGAUGAUUUCGUGAAGAAUUAUGGAGACACAGCAUGUGUCACUUUCUCCCACUUCGUUGAGGAAUCUAAAGUGGUAUCCAAUAAAAACUGUAAUACAGAUUAUGUAAAUGCUGGGCAUUUAAAGCCAGUGUUACAGGUGAAUGAUGGAGUGGUCAAGACAGACUGUUCAAGCUGUAGUGAAGUGGUUUCGCAGAAAAUCAGAAGUAAAGCACAAAUUUUAAGACUUCUGAAUAGGGUGCAAAAACAUCCCAAAGACCCAGGGAUGGAAACUACUGUCUCACCAAAAAAACUACCAUUAAUGAAAGCAGAAUUUCACCCAGAAGAAUUGCCUCCAUGUGAACCAUUCAAAGAGAAGACGUCACCUUUCUUGGGAUGCACAAGCAAUGCUAACGAAACCACUGGACACAGCCAUCCAGUAUGCUCCUUAGAAAACAGUGUGCAAACAAAAAGUCGACGGGAUGCUUAUUUGCCCUCCCAUUUAACAAAGCAAAUAGAUGAAACAAAAACAGAUGGUCCUGCAUGUAAUAAAUAUUUUGGUGAUAUGCCACCUGUUUUAAAGGAUUCAGAAGAGAGUGACAAUGGGGAUGGGUUCAGUGAAGACCAGGAAAUUAUUUCACAAGUGCCUCUUUCGGAAAUGAGUAUAUCUCCUGUUACUGAAAGUUCUGUUCAAAACCAUCUGCAGAACUUUUUACCACAUCAAUGCAUCAUGACUAAUGAAAGUGACACUGAAGCUGUGUCAUCUUUGGAUAGCAUUCAUUAUGCAAAAUGUGUAGGUGCACCAAAAACACUGGAAGAAAAACAUCCAAAUUCAAAUAAAGACACAAUGACUGAUAAUUUGGAAGCAUUUUGCAAUGAAUCACAAAAUGAAUCUUCUCCUGUAAAAAAUGUGUCAGAUGGCUCUGUAUGUGGAGAUGUUCAUGGCCCAACUCAGCAGUUUGCAGAGGUUAACUUCAAUCUGUUGGAAGCACUAGAUUUUAGUGAUACAGAGGUUGAAGAAAUUGCUGGAAAUGCCAUGGUUUUACAAGGCACCACAUGUUUUAAAGAAGAGCCUAAAAUAAAAGGUGAAGUCGGUCUUCAAACGAGCCAUGAAAAAAAGGAAAUUAGUGAUCAGAAUAGUCAUUCAUCAUUUUUACAGGAUAAAGAGGUCACUCGUAUAUCAGGAUCUCCGUCAUUGCAACUUUGUGAUGAAAUCUCUGAAAUGUCUAACAGAAUUAGGGAAAAUAAUGUAAAUCUUCAUUUCCUAAAAGAACCAGAAUUUUCAGAUGUUACAAUUGUUGACAAAAAAAGAGAUGCUAGUUCAACAAUUAUUCAAAACUUAGGUCAUCGUGAAAAUCUUGAUUUAUUAGUGGAAAAUGUCUCUUGUAAAGUAGUUGCUGAAGAAUAUUCUGAUCAAACAACUCAAUUUCAGACAACAAAUACACCUCUUCAUGUUACUGCAACUUCAAAUAUUUGCUUUAUGAACAAAAGCAAUGAACAAUGCAGGGAGGUUAGAGAACAUAAUGUUGAACCCUUAGUUAGUUGUGAUAACAUGAAACCUGUUAAUUCUUUGCUGACUAUCAGUGAAAAAUGUAACAGUUCUGAUAGUUUCCCCCAGUAUGCUUCAUCAAAACAUUUUGCUCCAGAAAUAAACGAUGAGCUGGAUAUCAGGUCAGUUUGUCAAGCCAUUACUUGUAAGAGUUUGCAUAAACCACAGAUGGGUGAAAUUGAAAUGGAAAAUGCAGCAGAUGUCUUGGACUAUUCUUACAAAUCUAAUGAAGGAAAGGGAAAAGAUUCUAUUUCUGUUAAACCGUCUAUGAAUUCUUUUAGCAUCCCUCCAUUGGGAAGUGGUUUCCAAUUAAUAGGUUCACUUACCAAACACAGUACAGCUUUAGAGACAAUGGAAGAAAUGGAGGACAAUACAGACAUCCUGUUGCAGAGAGAUGAACCAAGAGAGAUACACAAGUUAACUGCAUCUAAAGAUAAGCCAAACUUUGCUGAAGUAUCUUCUAUAGAUGUGCAGAUAUCACCUCCUGUACAUUCUGGUGUUCCUAAAUUGAUUUCCUUUUCAGAUAGUUAUGUAGAGAAGCCCACACCAACAAAUGAAAAUCUGCUUCCUGACAACAGUCCUUUUGUAGUAGAAGGUGGUUCAUCAAAGAUUCUAGGUUCAAAGAAUCUUUUGGAAGAUGAGUUCCAUGUUGCAGAUGAAAAUGUUAACAAGGAAUUCAGUUUUGCUGAAGAAGAAGAUACUAGUAAUGAGUUUUUGACAUUCAAUGAGUCUUCUCAACCUGGAAACCAGAUGAUGACAAAUUCUCCCUCAAAUCUAAAUUUGGAUUUCACAACAUGUCCUUCGAGGGAUCUUAAUAUGAUAUUCUCAACACAAUGGAAUGCUUUGCAAUCAUCUGACUGUCACGUUUCUUCAAGUUCAAGUAGUAAAAAGACAACAGAAGACUUGCUAGAACAGGAAUUCCAGGUGUCCAGAAUUGUUCCAGAUUUGCCUGCAGACAAUACAAGAAGUCUUUUCAGAAUGGAAGAAUCUGCUAGUCCAGGAAGUAAUGACAUGUUGAUAUGCCUACCCAGUUUUAGAAUGCGAACUCCCUUUGUGACUGUACCUAUAGAUGAGGAUUUUUCAGACUCAGAGGCUCAUUCUAGUGUAAAGAUAUGUGAGCAAGACCAACAAUCCUUCAAUUUAUCAGAAGUCAACAUGUAUGACAAGCCAGAAAUAUCAGGCUCUGAAGACAGGAUGUGUGAAACGUCUGUAGCUAAUAACAGUCUAGAAGAAAGACAGCGAGUGCCUACAGAGUGUGCAUUUCCUGAUGUGGCCGAACAAAAGAAAGAAAGCAAGUGGCAGAAAUACCAAAACACAUCUUCUAGUAACUUAAGAACUCAAAACACUACUGAAGUGGUCAUGACUGAUGACAUCCGAGAUGAGUGUGUCUUAGGAAUGCCACUGGACGACACAGGAGCAAGUUGGAGUGAUGCCUUCAAUAACAGUACUCCAGACUCUGGGCACCCACAGACAAUAAAAAGCAUGCUUUGUAAACAGCCACGAAAUUCUAGUAGUCAAGAUUCUAUUACAGAAGGAAAUAAACUUUCUCUGCACUUAAAUCAGAAGUUUUCCACCAAGGAAGCAGCAAAGGUGUUAAGUCGACUGAACUAUAGCAUAAACAGACACAUCAAGAAUGACCAUGGACUCAUCUUUCCCAGUGCAGAAACGGUGAAAUGUGCAGAUGUCCCUAAAAGACAGGUGCAUAUCCCAGCUGAAUUUCAGUCUCUUGCACAUUACAAGCAAGUCUUUACUACUGCUUUGAUGGAACACUUAAAUAUAUUACUGUUUGAGCUGUCACAAAAAUUACAUAAAGCUCUUGAAAAAGCGGAUAUAUCAUUCUAUACCUCAGUAAAAGAAAGGGAAGGAGAAUGUUUUGCACCACUCUGCAAACACAAAAUUGUGGCUAAAUUAGUUACAGUUAAAAAGGAAGGACGGAAUAAGGGGCGCCUUUUCUAUGCCUGUGAUGCUCCUAAAGCUGAUAGGUGUGAUUUUUUUAAGUGGCUUGAUGAUGUACAACCUGCCCAGAUGGAGACUAGGCCUAGCGUUGUACUUCAUGAUGUGAAGAGUAUUGGAACCUAUUUGAGGUGUCAAGCAAUUCCUCUGUAUGAAGAGUGCCAACUUUUGAUAAGGAAAACUUUUGAAAUGCAAAGAAAGAAAUUUGGUAAACUGAAAAAAAUAAAUAUUGAAAAGGCUAGCUUUGAUGACGAUUCCAAAACUAAAUUAUAUCUUAAACUGAACCGAAAAGAGCACUCCUCAAUGUAUAGCAAAGAUGAUAUUUGGGUUGUUUCCAAGACUCUAAAUUUUGAACCUUUCGACACUUUCAUUGCAUGCAGUGUUUUUUAUGGACCAUCUUCUAGCAGUGAAUUGGAGCUAAUGCCUCUGAAAGGCUAUAGCCCCUCAAACUGGCGCUCAAAUAUGAUAGUUCAUGCUUUGCUAGUCUGUAAUGCUCGUACUGAACUCACAACUUUGAGGAAUAUAGAAGAAUAUCUCAGUUCAGCCACUUUACCAAUACUGCAGCAUCUACUUGCAAAGCCUUGUAAGAAUAUAUCUCUCAGUAACAGAGUUGUGAAACAAAAAUUCAAACCACCAACUUUAAACACAAAUAUAAUAACCUCUGGUGUCUUGAGUCCAGAAAUUAUGAUAAAUUUGGCAAACAAGAUGAUCCAGACAUUUCACUUGAAUAAUGAUCAGGCACUGGCAUUGACUCAGAUAGCUGCCAUGAUGACAUCACAAGAAAAUGAUAAAGAAAUAGGGAAGCAGGAUGCUCUCCCUAUAAAUGUGAUACAUGGUGUAUUCGGAUCUGGCAAAAGUUAUUUGGUGGCCAUAGUUAUCUUGUUCCUCAUAGAAAUCUUUGAAACCAGAGAAGCAACUAACAGCAAGAAGUCAGUGCCAUGGAAGGUGCUAAUCUCAUCUUCCACAAAUGUUGCUGUAGACAGAAUAUUGCUAUGCCUACUAGAUCUUGGAUUUGAUGAAUUUAUUAGAGUGGGAAGUGUUAGAAAAAUUGCUAAACCAGUUCUGCCCUACAGCUUGCAUGCUGGCUCAGGGCCUGAAAAUGAACACCUCAAGGAAUUGUUUGCUCUGAUGAAGGAGGAUUUAACUCCAGCAGAAAAGGGCUACGUAAGGAAAACCAUUGAACUCCAUAAGCUGGGGACCAACAAAGCUCUGCUGCAACAGGUGAAGGUAGUGGGAGUGACUUGUGCUGCCUGCCCAUUCCCUUGCAUGAAAAACCUUACAUUUCCCAUAGUGAUUCUGGAUGAGUGCAGUCAGAUGACCGAACCUGCAUCUCUUCUUCCUGUUGCAAGGUUUGAAUGUGAAAAGCUGGUCCUGGUUGGAGAUCCUAAGCAGCUACCACCCACCAUUCAAGGAUCUGAAAGUGCACAUGGUAAUGGUUUGGAACAGACUCUCUUUGACCGGAUGUGUUUGAUGGGUUAUGAACCAAUAUUACUUAGGACACAAUAUCGUUGUCAUCCUGCUAUCUCUGCAAUAGCCAAUGACUUGUUUUAUGAAGGAAAUCUAUUGAAUGGCAUUUCUGAAAAGGAUCGAAGUCCUCUCAUAGAUUGGUUACCAACACUGUGUUUUUAUAAUGUUAAUGGCUUCGAACAGAUGGAAAGAGACAACAGCUUCCAUAAUAUGGCAGAAGCUUUUUUCAUUGUGAAGUUAAUCCAGUCUAUGAUUGCUAGUGGAGCAGAGGGAUCUAUGAUUGGGGUAAUAACCCUCUAUAAAUCACAAAUGAGCAAGAUUUGUAAUCUGCUUGGUGCUGUUCAGUCAGAUGCUUCUCUAAUAAAAGCUGUCCAGGUAUCUACUGUUGAUGCUUUUCAAGGAGCAGAAAAGGAAAUCAUUAUAUUAUCUUGUGUAAGGACAAAACAAGUUGGCUUCAUAGAUUCAGAAAAGAGAGUGAACGUGGCUCUGACAAGAGGAAAAAGACAUCUACUGAUUGUAGGGAAUCUGAACUGUCUAAGAAAGAACAAAGUUUGGGGAAGUGUCAUUCAACACUGCACAGAGAGAAAAAAUGGAUUGCAGCAUGUUAACCAACUUGAGCAGCAACUGAAUGAUAUUAUAAAAUCUUACAUGGAAAGGAAAAAAGCCGAAGAAAUUAAUCAACUAGAAAAAUCGAAGCAUAAAUCAUGUUCACAAAGUGUAAAUGGAUAGAAAUGCCCUUUGUUCAUGUAAAUUGUGUAAAAUACCUUGAGAUAUAUUUAAACAUGCUUGUAGUGUUUUUAAUUUCCACUGGUACUUACAUUAUAUGUAUUUUAAUGUUUAUAAAAUUUUUGCAUUAACAACUUGAUAAGCAAGUUAUUUGUAAUCAAAACAUCACUACAAAUUCUUGUCAACAUGUCUUUUUCUAACACAUGGUUUUUAAAAUUGUACUAUUGUCUUAAAUGCUCUUUAAUACAAUAAAGUUGGGAUUUUUAA